AUGGUUACAUUGUUUCGAAGCGCAUUAGCAGAAGAAAGCAGGUGAGUCUAAAGGACGUCUAUGUUUCUUUUUAAUUGUUUCCUUAUUUCGCUGUUGUUCUCUAGAAUAGAGGAGGGAAAGUAUGUCUUUUUUUCCACGUUUUAAUAUAAUAAACUACAGCUUCGGGGUUGGCAGAAGCCGUUAAAGUUAAUGCGUCUCAGUGCUCAGCUACGCCAUAGAGGAAAUGACACUAACUCAUUUAGGCUACUAAGAUUGUGUAGCGCUACAUUAUGUCAAAGUAGGCCUACUAUGUACCGAAAGGAAGUGUAAGAUCUCCAUUCCAGUGAUAAACCUUAAUUACCAACCAAAUGACUUCAGUAAAGUUAACAUUUCUUCAGAGAUUCAGCCCUCUUAGGUCGACAGCACAUCAACGGUGCACUGCUUUUAGGGGAAAAUGGUAACCUCGCCCACCUCUUGUCGUAGGCUACACCCCCGACUGCGGGCUACAUCCUGAUUUUCAUAAGUAAGAGCCGACCUCAGUACAACUUUGGCCCCUGUAAACAUCUGCGGAGGUGCGACACCAGGGAGGGCGCUGCAGAUAUUCACUGAGCUCACCAGGAAGUGUAAUGCCAUGGAAACGUCUCCACGCAAUAAUGUUCAGUUACAGCCAACUUCCCUGUAACAUAUGAAGAAUAUGGUUCUGACGACAAGUCUUUUUCUUUUGGAACGAUUGAAAAGUUCUUAUGUCAGCCAACCCAGAAUUUAGAGAAACCACAGUCCACAACAUGGCUCUGCAAAAAAGCUGCUCCUGGCAGAACUGCUGCAACCUUUGGUUUGAAAAUCAAGAGAUCAUGUGAUGGCUCAUGUGACUGAGAUCAUGUGACUGAUCAUGUACUGUGCUGUGGUCAUGUGGUGCUGUACACUGGCCUGGUGAAUUAGAUAUAAUAUGUGCUAUAUUGGAGCCCUGUUGUGUGCUACCAUUAUCUGUAACAUUAAACUAUACUCGUCAUUCCAGCUUAAUAUAAAAAUGUAGGGUCACCUAAGUCCAAGUAAUAUAGUAAAGCACUAGAAUGAUAAACAAAUCUAAGCACAAUAAAGUUAAUUCAAAAAACCAAAGAAAGAAAGAAACCAGAAGACAACUAUACAACAAUACAGCUAAGGUAAAUUUAGUUAAAUUAACAUGUACAACAUGAGACAUAUGAUACAGUAUUUCUUUGUAUAUCACAAUGACAAUCAUGUGGCCAAAAAACUUUCAGAGGAAGGUCAAAACUACAACUUAAUCUUCAAAUAUCUUACCAUUGACAAGUAGCUCAUAGACUACAUGGAUUCCUUUAAGUCUCAAGUGCCAGCGUCAGCAAUAUGCUUUUAGAUCCACAUGUGUAAGUACAGCCUUGAGUGAUGAGGGAUCACACUCCAGUAUUCUUUCAUAGUAAAAGACUAAAUCAGGUUAGUUCCUAGGUAUCUUGAUAUAUCUGUCUCAGCUUUAUUGACCAAGUAUGUUACAGAGUCAAGGAAAUUGACUCUAGUAGACUCUCUCUGUGUACUAAUAUGAAAUAAUACACAAAUAUGAACAAGCUUAGACAUUUAACGUCUAUAUACAGACUGUUUUAGACAGUAGUGUUAUGGUGAGGAGUGUAGAGGAAUGUAGAGUGAUAGAGGAUUAUAUAUUCAUAUAUCAUUUUAUAACAGGUGGGUUUUGUACUUGGGGUAGACAUACUUUUGCAUACAGUAUCAACAUAAGAUAUUAAAUAACGGUGUGCAGAGGUACAUGUCAGAUGAGAGGAUGAUGUCUGCAGACAGAAUAUGGCGGUGUCAUGACUGUUGUUAUAAAUGACAGUAAUUAUAAAGGUUUUACAGAUAAACAGUAAUUCACCGUCACAGUGAGUGUUAGAGGUUAUUGCUCAGUGGUCUUUCUAUGUCUUUGUGAGUUCAUCAGACCAACAGCCCGGGGGAAGAAAUUGUCUUUGUGUCGGCUUGUUUUGGUCUACAGUGAUCUACCUGAGGGGAGGAGUUUUAUCAGUCUGUGUCCUGGGUAUGAGGGGUCUGCAGUGAUGUUACCUGCCUGGUUCCUGACCCUGGACUGGUAUAAGUCCUGGGGCGAGGGCAGGUUGUCCCUGAUGAUUUUUUCUGCAGUCCUGAUAGUCCAUUGUUGUCUGUUUCUGUGGCAGACCCAAACCAAACAGUGAUGGAAGUGCAGGGGAUAGACUGCAUGAUGGUGAUGUAGAAGUGGAUCAGCAGCUUGAGCUAUGGUUUUUUGUGGCUGCUCAUUCACAGGGAGCUGUGAAAGGACUACAAUUAGUUGUCAAUCAAUCAAUCUUAAGUCACGUAGUGACAAUUCACAACAAGUGCUAUCACAGGACACUUAACAAAAAGCUAGUCUAGACUAGACUCUGUUUAGAAAGACCCAAUGUAAAGAUGGGAUCAGACUGAGCCCCAUCCUGUAAGAUCAGACCCACUCCCAUCCCAUCUUUAACCAUAAGGAGGAAACACUUAGCAUUUAUUGAGUUACAGUGGAGGGGAAGAACUUCCUCUAAUAGGCAGAAAUCUCAAGUAGAACUAGACUGAUGUUAGACAGUCAUCUGCUGAAACUGAGCUGAGUUUAGAGAGAGAUGGACAGAGAAGAGACUGAGAGGGGUGAUGGACAGCUCAAGGACUUCCAGAAAAGACUGUGUUAGUGACUCUAAUGAGACAUGAUUUAUAUUUAAUGACACAGACAGAAAGAGGAUGGAGAACGAGGGGAAGGUGCUCAAUGUGCCAGUACCCCCGUCAGUCUGAACUAAAGCAGCAUAACUAAGAACUGGUCCAGACCUGAACCAGAUCUAACUAUAAGCUUUAUCAAAGAGCGAUGUUUUAAGUCUACUCUUAUAGGUAGAAAAGGUGUCUGACCCCUUGACCUGGACUGGUAGAUGAUUCCAAAGGAGUGAAGCCUGAUCACUGAAAGCUCUACCGCCCAGACCACUUCUAGAGACUUUGGAUAUUGAUGAGCAGGCCUGCAUAUUGGGACCUCAGUGUUCUGGAAGUGUAACAGGGAACUACAAGCUCUCUAAGAAAUGAUGAGGUCUGACCAUGAAGAGCUUUAUAGGUCAGAAGAAGGAUUUGAAAUUCUGCCCGAAAUGUAAUGAAGCCAGAGUAGUGAAGCUAUUACAGGCUAGAUGUGCUGUCUUCUCUUGGUUCUGGUCAGUACUCAGGCUGCAGCAUUUUGGACCAGCUUUCAAGACUUGUUCAGAGGUCUGAUUAAAGGAAACCACAGUAAUCCAACCUUGACAUGACAAAUACGUGGACUAAUUUUCCUGUGUGUUUCUGAGACAGUAAGCCAGGACUACAAGUUAGCUAGUAGUUUUGUUCGUAACAACUUUCUUUACCACCUUUAUUUAAUUCAUGGUAUUGGAAUGCAGGGCCCAACAGUGGUGCUGGGGUUAGCACUGUUGUUGAGUGGUUGUCUAUCUCCAUAUGUCAGCCCUGUGACGGACUGGUGAACUCUACAGGGUGUGUCCUGCCUCUUGCCCAAUCACAGCUGAGAUAGGCUAAAAAUGUCUCAAUACAGUCACAAGUAAAAUAUGGAAGGCCAUGGUGGGCUUCUGGGCUGUUCGGCACCAUUUGUGGCUGUCAUUAUCAUUGCUGCAGCAGGAGGAUAGGGCCUGUCUGUCAUGGCUGCAUACAGAGCCGUCAGCCAUGUUUGGACCAGACACUACAUUAUAGGUUUAAGAUAGGGUGACCAGAUGUCCCCCAUUACCAGGGACAGUCCUCAUUUUGGAUGACCUGUCCCCAGCUGAAGCUGUCCCCAGGAAUGUCGCAGAUUUUAGUGUUUCAUGAGUUAGAAAAAAAAAUUGCAUGUGGACGAGAACAAUGGUUGUUACUGUAGACAUGAAACUGUCUGUCUGCCCAGGUGCAUAGCUUGUAAGCCAUCUUGCAAAGACGUGGGAACCCCAAGCCCCCUUGCCUGUAAGUAGGAAGCACGAGUGAGCAUGUAGCAUGCAGUCUUGAAUAAUGGUUCAGCUCCCCACUGUCUGAAUCGAUUACUGACCACCGUAAAGAUAGGUGUCCCCCACUCCCCCUUCAUGUCCCUGAAUUUAAUUUCAGAAAUCUGGUCACCUUAGUCUAGGAGGCCUGUUGCUGUGCCCAUGAUGCGGCCCUAGCCACAGCAGCCUAUAAGUUACCACAGCCAACCUGGGCUCAGGAAGAUGAGGAGCAGUCACCGUAACACCUCAGUGAUGGUCUCCAGGAAGCUUUCCUUAGCCCUUAAGUGGUGGAAGACCUCAGUUAAUGUCUCGCAGGGGAGCAGUCUGGUCUGGUCCAUCAUCGCAAAGUGGUCUCAGCAGAUGUGUCCCUGAAAGGGUGGGGUGCUGUCCACAAUGACAAGGUUGUUGAUGGGAGCAGGAGUGCCCCCUGGGAAGGCCUGCAUAUCAAUGUUCUUGAGAUGAGGGCUGUUUACAUGGCUGUCUUGCACUUCUCGCCGAGGCUGCAGGGCCAUCAUUUGCUGGGGAGCACAGACAGCAUUGCUGCAACAGCAAACAUCAACAGGCAAGGGGGCUUGGGGUUCCUACGUCUUUGCAAGAUGGCCUACAAGCUAUGCACCUGGGCAGACUCACUGCCCAGGGGAGGUCCGAGUGCAGGAGAGUAGACGCUGCACCUGAAAGUGGUUAAUCUGGCUUCAGUUCGGCAGAGCAGUAGCCAACCUCUGCAUCCACGAAAAUGCUUAUUGUCCACUGUACUUCUCUUUGCAUCAUGGUGUAGGACUAACAAGGUGGAUGAAUUGUUUUCAGCAGACCCUGAGGUGCUCAGAUAUCUGCAGAGACUGUUGGAGGUGAGUAGAGAGUCCUCCACUCUUUGGAUAGAAAAGAUGUCUAAAAGGGAAAGGGUAAGAACAUUAAAGGAGGAAGGAUGUCUAUAGGUAGAAGGAUGCUGUACUUAUGAGCCUCAGGAAGUGGAUGAGUUUUUGGCUAAAUGGCAAUGCCUCUUCUUUAUGAAUGGAUCAGCAUUUCCGCUUACUAAAGUUAAAGGUUAACAAUCAGUUCUGAUUCUGGAAAUCUUACCCAGACACUUGCUCUGUAUUCUUAAAUGGUACUGCCAGUAUUUGGCAGUUAAUAAUAUUGGUGGUGCAGUUGCUGAGCACAGACGAUGACAACAGACAUCUGCAGUAGAAUAAAACACUACUUUGGUUAGUUUGAUUAGAACUGGACCUGAUGUUUUGUGGGUCAGGUGCACUGUACAAAGGAGGUUUAUAUGUUGCUGAAACAACUUGACUGAUCAUGGGAUUAGCAGUGUAGUUUUUAACAACAUUAUUCCUGUCAAGUAACACAAUAAACUACACCACAGAUUUAGUGAACUCUGUCAGGAUUUGAUCAUCAUUCAUCUGUGCUUCUCUCUGUGAUUGGAGAACGCUGUCCUUGUCUAGUUUGCCUAAUGCACCAGACUGCCGCUUUUACUGUCUGUAACAAAUUCAUUACAAUAAGGCAGGUAAAUGUUCUGCUUAGAUGAAACAUAAGCACAUCAAAUGCAGCAAUCAAACCUUUUACCUUUUAAAAACACAAAGAUGAUAAUAAACAAAUGGCCUGCAUUCAUCAUCCCACAAUGCAACUGUGUCGGUCAUUUAAUGAGCUGCAAGCUAACCCCUGCUUUAUUUCACAGGGACUAAUUUAGGGGAUGUUGAAUUGAGAGAAAUUGUUUUGUUUCAGUGGAUCACAGUAAGUGGUCACUCAUGGUCCAUUACCAGAGAGUAUUGUGGACAAAAAGGAGACAUCUCUCCUUUUUGAUGGUGCAGAGGAAGGCUUCUAUAGUGAGGACAAUACCACAUCUGUUUGUGCACUUUUGUGGACUCGAGCUGUUGUGUUCCUGUGUCUGUUCCUUCAGAUGUUUCCUGAUAAUCAUCUCUGUCCAAAAUAGAGAGGGCCAUUCUGCUCCUCCUGUCAUUAACCUCUGAGAUUGAUGCCCUGAGUGUCAAUUUCCAUGUUUUUCCACAAAGUACUUUGUUUCAGAGGAAAAUGACUGUGACACAUUAUUACAAAAGGCUUCAUUUCACAGAGCUCAGGGAGUAGACACAGUCCCAUUCAUACCCUCAUGUUCUCAUUAUCCUCUCUACUCAAAGCGGACGAGUCACACAGAGCCACUGCAUAGUUUACAAACCCAAUAGGCAUCCCUUGUUCAGGUAAAAAAUUCCUAUUUAAGCAACUCUAUUCAUCUGUCUUUAUUGCAUGUCACACCUAUCUCCCUCCAAAUAUUGUAAAAGAGGUUUUGAGUUUGGUCUGUAUUACAAGGAUUUCCUUUUUCAUUUUUCUGUUCAUUGUUUGUCUCAAUAUUUUGUUAGUUUGUUUGUCGGUGUCUUUGAAAAGGAAUAAUAGGCUGAGGUGUUUCUGCCACAGAACACAGAGACAUCAUAGGGAACUUGUUAGAGUCUGAAUGAUUAUUAGAGAACAUCUGUGACCCUUUUGGCCUCAUCAAAGUGAAGGACCCUAAUCCUAGGCAGCCCCUCAAUGAACUACAUUGCGAUAGGAGAAUUAGGCUCCUCUUACCUUAAGCAUGACAAAGAGGCUCUCUGCUCGGUAUUUUAAUGAGAUCUUUUCAUCACCAUUAGAGAGAGCAUUUUAGCCUGCAAUUUCCAAGCUAAUUCAUGAGCUGAAAAUUGCCAUUUGUGAACCAUUCCCCUGCUCGUAGCGCUUAUAUACACUCUUAUUUGUGAACAGGGAGGUGAAAAUACAAUCAUCAUGUGUAAAUUCAGACUCACCACUCCCCUCAUCAGCUGAGAUUUCAGGCCUUAUUCUUUUUGUUGAACACACCAUUAUCUUAAUCAUUAGCUAAUGCCUCUUAUCCCUUUGACCUCUUGCUACAGUUCUGUGCAUCCAGGUGUCUGUGAAACUUUAUUUUGCUAUGUCAUUUUAAAAGCUGCUCACCAAAAGCUAAAUCAGUGAAAUGAAUAUGAACCGCCCUUAGGACCAGCUACGCCACGAGCUCAUAAAAAACCAUCACACGUCACUGACCAGAAAAAAAGAAUCACAAAACUAACACCAACAUAUUUCAUGAAGUGCAAAAAAAUUACCUUGAAAAAAAUAUAGGAAAUAUUCACAAAGCAAAAACAUUGGAUCACAACAGGGCAUAUUUUUAGUGAAUCAGUGCUUCUUUGAUUUUGGAGGAACAAAAUAUACAGAAAUAUAUUUUUGAGGCUUGUUACCUUGACUUCAGGUAAUGAGUACAUAAGUUAACGUAUGUCUCUUGACAAUAACUUCAUACAUUAAUUCAUAUGCGACCAAAUUAGUUGGAUGGAACAGGUUUUCGAGGACAAUACACUCCAUCAGCUUCUCAGAGUAAUAAUACGACUAACGCAGGGUAUAUUUUUGAGUUUAUUUCUAAUUACCAAUGAAAGGAGUGAGGUUUUAUAACUCUUAACCAUACAGUUUCAAUUGCAUUCACAUUCUUUAGUCAUUUCAUUAUAAUUCCCUGAUAUCAUAUGAUUUUCUCAUUGUAAAUCACUGUAAACUCUAAGUCAUGGAUGAAACACUCUCUCAUCUGAGCACAGAUGGAUUUGGUGUGCGUACUGUUGGACCCACUGGUAAGACAAACACCCUUUUCCACAAAAAAGACACUCACAUAAAGUUGCUCAUAUUCAAACCUCACGUGACAAAGGUGGGUUUAGCGCACAGAUCACAACAUAAACUCCAAAAAUGGCAUUAAAAUCGGAACCAUCUGUGCGUAAAUGACGCAUCGCGCUCCGUGGCCUGGCUCUUUCUUUCAUAGAUGUUGGCAUAUAAAAUAAAUUUGGCCCACAAAACUGAAUAUUAUAAUAUCCGUGUGUCGGCUUAAAGUAGAUAACGCAUCUGAGCACUGAAACAAAUCAUCUGUUCAGCUGCAGCAGCAGCAAGACGGACAGAGGACACGGAGACGUGUCCAGGUCGAGCUGUGCGAGAAAUAAGAGGAAGAAAGAAAAGGAGGGAGACACAUUACAUAUCUUGUUAACUUCAUCAUGUGUGUUUAUUUACUAGAUAUUUAAUUUAAUUUGAUGCAGUUUCAGCUGUAUUGAUUCGGUCAGGUUGUGUGCCCAAACGCGUGCCAAACGCGUGCCAAACGCGCUCAUCAGAUCAGAUAUAGAUCAGAAUAUAUCGAUAAAGAUCUAAAUGUAUGUGCUGACUCAGAUUAAUAGUUGUUGAUGAUUAUUUAUUGCACUGAAAUCUGCCUGACACCGUGGAAACCUGCUGGUGAGGCAUCAGUGACGUAUGUUGAUACGCCGCCGGUCUACCAAAAUACUACUGGACCAGCUGCGUUCCGCCUUGCGCUGAAAGCUGACCAGGUUUGAAUCGGCGAGCUUUCAGCGCACGUUACACGCCGGUGGCGAGCACGAAAAUGUCACUGCGCCAGCUGAUUCUGUCAACACCUCCCCCUGCCACGCCACCACGCCCAGCUUGGCGGAUCUCGGCUCGCCUCCAUGCGACUCAGUCCACGAAAAUACCAAACUCGCCUUACGCCGGGCUCCGCCAGACGAAAAUACAACUGCGCGGGGCUCGCCGCCCUCCGCCGCCUCACCGGCGCGAACGAAAAUAGAGCCCAAGGUCUUAAUUUUGAAUCCUUGAUUCAGCCGUGUGGUACUCACAGCAUACCUACAACAUGACUACUGUUUCUCAAUGAUUAUGUAAUAUCCACUAAAUGAAAAUAUGUUCUGAACUAUGCUUUUAAAACUGAAACCCCUAAACUUAUCCCUUUUCGAAAGACGGACGGAAACUUUACAACAAACCCCUAGACAGUUUCCAUGUAUUUGUGAAGGUUUAAAAUUACUUCAAAAUAGGGAGUCAAACUAGUGCAGUAAGAAAGCCCCCUGAUCACAGUCAGAUAAUAGUUAUCUUGUUUUACCUGCCCACUGUUAGGGGCAGAAAAAUAAAUCUAUCACUACACAGUGCUGUAUACUGUCAAGACCAGGAACAAAACGACUGGUCACAUACAUUCAUACAUAUUAUAAUUUUAAUCCUUUUGUCUAGAACUUCAAUGAAAACAAAGCAACUAUGAUACUCAGUAAUGUACAUGAUGUUUCCGCUGAGUCUCUGUAUUUGGUUUUUGUAAAUACCCUCUCAAUGGAGUGAGGGUCAACAGAGCUCAUCCUGUGAUUCACAAAGAAAUGGAUGUACCCAGCAUAUGCAGGUACACCCAUGUACGCCUGUCACUCAUCACUUAAAAAUAUUGACCCACCACUAACAUGUCUCCUGAUGAUUCCAUGUCCCCCUGGUGUAUCAGUCUGUGCCAUACAGUAAAAAGACAAUUCUCAAAGAUGGAAACAUGUCAGAGUUAAAAACAGGCAAACCAUCAUCAUUUCAUGAUCAUAAUGAACAUUACAUACCACUUUUUAAUGACCUGUACAUUUUGGUGUCUGGAAUAACCUUAAAGCUAACCGAGUCAAAGUAUGAGGACCAGGGGAGUCUUCUCAACAUUAGUUUUCUGUUCAAACAGGUAUCAAAUGGUAAACAGAUGAUUUGUAGCAUGAAGACAAACAAAAAUAAUACUAAUCAACAAAGAAAUCUAUUGGAAUGACUGAAAUUGAUGUGUGAAGUCUUCAAUUUAACAAAGGAACAGAAAUAACUUCAACACAUACUUAGUAGGUACUCACUGAAGAAAUCUGGGCCAGCAUGGCAUCAGGUCAACAUGCUGCAGCAGACUGAAGGGAAAAGACUGAGCGUGGCUGCUGCAGGCCUCCUCUUGAUUUAGGUGUGGCCUGAUAGGUUGAAGAAAGAGGCUGUGAAAGGGAGGAAAGGUUGGAAUGGCAACAUCACCCUUUAAUGAAAAUAACCAGUUUGUAGACCCCAUCAUAUUGUCAGACUUUAUGACAUUGUCAACUGUGACAGUAUAGUGAAAGGAUAUUUUUAAGCUUGAAAAUCGCAAAUACAGUACGUACGGUUUUCAAAGUCUGGGCAAUAAUAAAACAGUCAUUAAACGCUGUUCUGCUUAUUUUGACAACCCUAUCCUGUACUUCGCCUUUUUGCUGCAACCUCAACCCCUGUGGAAAUGUGUAACAGAGGGGUACACAAAGAACAUGUGGAAUAAUGAGUUAAAUAUACUGACUGAAGAAGCUCCACACUCCAAGACUGUUGGCAGUCUUUCUUUUCACACCACUAUGGAGACAGAUUAUUACCCUUUCACAACAUUAAGCUAACUUUAGAGAUAUUAACGAGAAAUACAGAUUUAUGACUAGCAGGGCCAUCCUGUGGCAUGGGCAGUAUAGGCAUAUAGUGGGGGCACUGGCUGUCCAUGGGGGAGGCUCCAAAUGAGUGAGGAAGAAAAAUGGAAGAAAAACAAGCAGGAAAAGAGGGAAGGAUGUUGAUUGAUUUCUGAAUAUUAUUUUAUCUAAUAUAAUCUUUUUGGAAACUUUUACUUACUAAUAAAAAAGAAGCCAAGAAAGCAUCAACUCCUCUGAAAGGCCCUGACCUCUUGCUCCCUGCACACCCCGACCCCGAGCUCGGCUGCAGCUCUGUUCGUUACCUGCUCACUGAGGAAGAGAAGGGCAGGCGAGACACAGACCUAAUGGAUCAGCAGCUUUAUAACCAGCCAUUAUGUUUAAAAACCCCAAAGCCCUCAGGAGCCCAGGAACAAAAAAGAGAGGAGUAGGGGAGGAAAAUCUUGACAGACAGGGGCUUGCUGUGCUGGAGAAGUCCAUCUGUGGUCCGCUGCAGGUCUGUCUGCUUGUUGUAGAUAGAGAGUAUUUCAGUUCACGUUCCUCUUCAUAGGCUACAUUUGAUUCAGUAUGUUGUUAAAUUCUUGUGUACUUUCUUAAACUCCCCUGUCGACUCAGUGUUUAUUAUCCAUCAUCUGUUUUAAAUGAUAGCUUUAAGCACUUGAUUGUUUGAAUAUUUCUGUAUUUAGCAUUGUCAGUCCUUUCUGAUCAGAUUGAUGUGGGUGCAGAUCAUGAGCUGAGAAAUGAUGAUACAGUUUCUGAACUGCUCUGAGGAAAAAAAACAAAAAAAAAAAAACAGUGUUGUUUCUGAAAUGGAUCUUUUGAAGGUGGUGAGUGUCCGAACACUUAUUUUUGAUUCUGUGGUGCUUGUUUUUACAGCUACACAUACACCUGUUGGUUUGCAGUGAAGUUAGCAUCACAUUUAUGACACAAAUUAUGUAUGAGGAGUGAAUAAAUGUUUAAGUAAUGAUGAACUUCAUCAUUAUGAAAUUUUAUACUGCUGUAAAUAAAACAAGAAUACAAACCAGAAACAAUAAAACCGAAAUUUUCAACACCCCUCCUGUUCUCAGUGAUUAAGAAAUAAUGCUGUUUAGUUUAAAAAGGAUUAAAUUUGCCAUGUAUAGUGAACUAACAAUCCUGAAUUAAUGAAACCUGUUCUCAUUGGCUGUAGUCAUGGUAACCUGAUCAUUAGUUCACGGGGAGCUUCAGGAAUUAAUGAUGCAGCCAACACAAGUUCAGACAGAAAUCCAUCAUGAGUUAAUCAUUAUGCUAAAAUUAUGAAAGCAUUAAUUCCCUGAAAUUCGAAGCCUGAGUGUGAAGGGUGUUUUGUGAACUGAUUUUGACCAUGAAAUGAAAUUAUAUAUAUAUAUAUAUAUAUAUAUAUAUAUAUAUAUAUAUAUAUAUAUAUAUGUAUGUUUAUAUUUAAAAUUUCAUUUCAUGGAUCAUUCCUGUUCUGUAACAUUUGAAUGAUUGACUUUUAUAAAAGGAAUUUUUUUUUAAUGAUUUUUUUCAAGUCAUAUUUUUCCAUUUCCCAUUAUUUUUCCAUUCCACUAAUUAUAAUUAUUAUUUUAUUUAUUUUAUCUAAUUGUGUGAAAUUGUGUUUGAUGUAAUCAUGUUUGUUCUUUUCUAAAAUGUUUUUUUGCAUUUUGUGAAUUUGUGUUUAGUGAAAUGUAUUUUCAGGUCAUAUUUUUAUUGUUCCUGUUUUUUUUAAUAUCUUUGUAUAUCUUUGUGCCUUUUAUUUCAGAUGUGGUGAAAUGUCUUUUUUUUAAUCUCUCAAGACACAAUUUCUGUAUUGUGAAAAAUUGUUAUUUUGAUUUUGUAUGAUGUUCUGCAUUCACUUACUGUAAUUUUUUAUGUUUUGUACGAUCUUGCUUUGUGUUUUUAUGUGAUGGAUUAAAAAUGUUUUAGCUUUGAGUGUUAGCUCUAGGAUUUGUUUAAAUUAUCUGUACAGUUGACCCUCUGUAGAAAAACCCUGUAAAUGUAGGUGGAUGUAGUUUUAAUCUCCAGUACAGCUGUGAAUUACUCAGUCAAAUAAUAACCUCAGGCCUGUUUUCACAGACAUGUUGUGUUUUUUAUUCUUGCAGCCAGCUACUGUCUGAUGAUGGAGAUUCUGACCUGUGCUGUGAUCUGAACUGGAGGAGUGACCUGAAGUCAGCCGACAACUUCGAGGGGAGCAGACAGCUGACUGCUGUGGAACAUAACCCCAUCCUAAAAAUAUGUGCCUCCAUGUCCAGCAUGUGCUCACAGGCAGAAGUUGUUCUGAAAGGAGGAUACAGACUCAUUUCUGACACACUUCCAAGUGUUGAGAUGACUUCUCCUAUGACUCCUCUUGUGGAAUCUGACCAGCCAUACCAUCUACACCCACUAGACUCUGAGACUGGCUCAGUAAUUUAUCCUAACAGUAAAGACUACACUAUACAGCCCAGAUCAGAGGAGGCAGGCCUUUCAAGUCCAUUAAGCAGCUUCACUGAGGAUGAAGAGGAUAAACAUGCUAUGCAUGUCCAACAAUGUAAGAUCUACAACCAGCAAGAACUCAGUGACACUGAAGCUAAGACCAACACAACACAACAAACAAGUCCAAAGGUUUUGUCACAAAGAGAGCUGGAAGGACUAACAAAGGACUUCAUAAAACUUAACCAGGUAACAGGCAGGAGAAAUAAAGCUGGACCCAACUCCUACAUGAUGGUGCAUGCUUUGAAAAAAGAGGCGCUGAAGAAGGAAAAGGUGACCGAGGUGGGUAUAAUGGUGUGAAAGAAACUUUCUCAAUUAUUAGCAAAUAGUCAUGGACUAAAACCUACAAGGACAAUGUGAAUCCCUUUUGUCUGGUGAGCUGUCCCCUGGUCAGGUGCUCUUACAGAAAGAGCCACUAGGUGCUGCUCUAACAUUGAUAAUGUCUCAUGAGCAGGGUGAGGUGGAGGAUAGUCUAAGAAAAACACUGUGCAAAUUUAGGCUAUCAUCAUUUUUGGAGUAAGAAAUUAAUAAAUAUGAAUGUGAGUGGACAGAGAAGUUCAAGUAUUGAAUCUAAAGGAUAUCUUAGCUACAGAACUAAACAGGUUCUGUUUCUGUUUAAUGUGAGGUUAAACCUUGAAAGCUGCUGCCAUGUUGGUAUUCUUGUGUACUCUAAGCUGGCUUUUGUUGUACUGACCGACAACAGUUUGAGUGAUCAUAUUAAGCAGUGAUACUCAGUUGAAAUGACUGAGGUCACUCAGGUCUGUAUGUGAGCAGACUUAUUCUAAUGUAGCAGAAGUUUUAACCAUGAGGCUGAAUGAAGUCAAAGUAUUAUUCACCUCUGUGCUCGUCCUGUCUGCUCCAUAACUUUAGCAUUAUCUCAGUAAUAGUUUUAGUGUGAGUAUCAUAACACUGAUGCCUUGUAUUUUUAUCUCACACGACAUCUCAGCCACCCCCCCACCCCACCCCAAUCUUGUUAUUUGCCUGAGCCUAGUCUGUAAAUUAAUUUGGUAGAGGAGCAUGACUGUUUUCAUCCCUGCAGCCUAUGAAAGAGGCUGGCUAUGCCGUGCUUGUUUGAGUUUAUGUAUACAAGAAGAAGAUCAGAGAUGCAUGGUUACCAAUGAGCUCUCAAACAUCCCUGCACCUGGCAUAGUGGCAUAAUUGGUAAGGAUGGCUUACAUUCCCCAUUUGUUUGGCCACAGGACUGUUUGCUAGCUAUAAUACCCCCAACCUUAUUCACCCAUCUGAGCCCCAGCCCUACACAAUGCCUCAUAUCAUCACCAUUUACAUAGUCAAGAGUCGUUAGCUUUGUGCAAUUGUAAACAGAGCCAGAGCCUUUCCCUCCCCUGAACCCUUGUGUUUUGUCGUUUGUCCUCUGAAUUUGCCUAUUAGUUUUCCAUUGGCCUGUCUCCCCAAAGACAUCAUCUCUCACUUAAAGGGGGGACACAGGGCUUAAGGACAAGAGGGCUCUCAUUUGCAUGCAGCCUUUUUUUUUUGGGGGGGGGGGGGGGGAUAAAUCCAUCUCCGAUGUGCAGUACCAAUUAAGAAUUAUCAGAACUAGCAUGAAGCAAAGAGGUAUAUGAGGGAAAAACUUUCAGCUCUUUGGAUCAGUGUGUUUACAGAGACGUUCAUUCCUGAAAUGGGAUCAUCAGAAAAGAUUUGCGUGAUCUUUGUUGUAUGAAUUCCUUCUUGAUUCACAGACGUCAGGAUGGACAGACUGGCUCUCUUGAACAUCAUACAAUACUGUCCAAGCCUUUGUCUGGUGUAGUAUUGGCCAGUAUUGUAAAAGAUCUGUGAGGAAGCUUUGGUCUGUGUUGACAUUGGCUCCUCCUAUCUACUCUGAUUUUGCCCUUAAUAUGAAUUCCUUUGUUGUAACAACCUACACACAUUAUCCUGCAUGUUACAUGCUGAAUAUAAUGUUAUGGUUUACAUUUGAUCAUACAUCUUCUGUUACGUCUUCUCUCAGAAUAAACUCACUCAGCUGAUAUUAUUGUGAUGUGGUUACAGAGUCAGUGAUCAGAGCUGUCAGCUUGUCAUCUUCAGUCUGCUUCUUCAGUCUUAAACAACAGACUCAAAGUUGUCUGCUCUUAAAGAUAAAUUAAUAUUAUAAGUGGCCCAUGAGUGAUUUACCUAAACAGAUGCCAGGAGCAAAUAGAAUUGAUGUAGAGGCUCUGAUUGUACCUGUUAGAGCUUUGUUCUUCUGUUUUGACUGGUCAGAAUCAAGUUUUGAACACCAGGAUGCACUCUUUUGGUGUGUAAAUAACUUAAGAAAAUUCAGGAUUCUGGGACUGUUGGAUGUCCCAGAUUAAAGCUGAAAAAUAGACUGUUUUAGGGUUAAUCUGUCUGAUAAGAAUGUAUGAUGAAAGGGCUACUCUUUGAAGGGCUCAUGCCAUUAUUCCAGGUGACAGAUAGAGGAUCUUUAAAAAUCACUUAAGAUAAUGAGAGAGAUCCUUUUGCCCGUAAUACUACUUUACAAUUCACGGGUUUCCAUCUGCCUCCAUCUGUUCAUUUGAUUGUGCUGAUCUUGUAAAACAAAGAUACAGACAUUUAUAAUGCCAGAGUCAGAGAGCACCUCAUGAUUUCAUGGUGCAGUAUCUCCAAAUAUUAAUGACAGCUGGAGAGUCCAAAAUUAGGUUCUUGGUUGGACAUACCGCAAUCCCCUCCUAUGUGACUCAGUAAAAAUGGCAAGAGUAAAAGUUGAUUUUUUAACCAGAUUCAGAGAUAUUCUUUUGACUCUACCAUUGUAGUUGUUUUUUCAAUCAUGUGCUUUUGUUCUCUUGUUUUGGGAAAGGGCUGUUUAUUAUUAUUACACUUGGCAUGAAAUACUAGAAAUAGAAAGAAUAAGAUACAAAAACUUCAUAAUCUUCCACCUCCUAACCAGGGUUAGAUUUUUGGAAAUACUGUCACAAAAGACAUUAAAAGAGUCAUUUGUGAUUGGGUGAGCUCACAUGAUUGUUCCACCUCCACUUACUGUUGCCUGCAGCUACACGCUACAUUAAAAUCCGUUUUUACAAAUCCAUGAGAGCCCAGACAAACCCGUUGUUGCUCUGCCAUUCCCCACUUGCUCUUUUGAAGAGAUGGGCCAUCUGAAAGCAACUUGUGAUAAUUAGACAUGUUAUUAAACGUACACAAUUUCCUGAUGCAGCAAAUGUUUAGCCCAGCCAAGUGGCAGAGUGGCAGCAGCAAUGAUUGGCUUGGGCCUCCUUUGAUAAAGACAGAAGUAGCAGAUCAAUCUUCUGCUAUUGCACUCACCCCUUAGGGACCCCUUUCUUCUCUGAGGCUCUCACUUCAAAGCCAGGGGAACAUAAUGUACAAUCUUUUAAUAGCUUUGGUCCAAAGCUCUGGGGAGCUCUCUGCCACUGUAUACCCUGCCUCAGUCUAAACACCUAAUCAAGAUUACCUGGGCAGGCCACAAUAGCAGCUAAAUGCAAUUCAAGAUCCACAGCCCCUUUGAAGUCUUCAUUGGGAAAAGCAGAUGUUUCCCGGGUUCAGGGGGUAUUAUAGCAAGCUGCAUUUGCCAGACUUUGUUGUGGCAUCAGCUUGCUGAGAAGCAAUUACGGGCCUCCCAAUUUAGUAGAAAAAGAUAACACAGAGCUUACCGUGCUUAAAUGCAAUGCAGGCUAGACCAUUUGCGCCAUCUGAUUGGGAUGUUGAUAAUAGGUGACAAAAGGCAAUAGCAGGGGUAAUGGGUAAAGGUGAGCUCAAAGUGUGUGUGUGUGUGUGUGUGUGUUUGUGUGUGUGCUGGACCUACAGUUGGCGACACCUGUGCCUAAUCCUCGAACAAGUGCUCUGGCUGCAUUGAUCCACUUCAACUCCAGCUCCAUGUUCAAAAGGCUCCAAAACAUUCCUUUGGGUGGUCCGGCUGAACCUUAAAAGUGAUGCUGGAGACACACGACCACAUCUCACCACAUACAUUAAGAUCAAGUACGACUGGUUUGUCCAAAAGCCACCGGAAUUUUUUUUUUCUCUGCAUGAUAGAUCUCAGCCCAUUAGAUGCAAUCAAAAAACAUGUAUUGAUCGAUGGAUUCACCCAUUUCUUCUGACCUUCACCCAUUCAGGCACAAGGAAUUAGCAGCAUUCAGUGAAAAUGUCCCCAGCCUAUCAAUAUCAUUGAUCCACUCAGAUAGUCUUUGUCCCUGAGGGGAGUCCUGAAGUUAACAAAAUGAUUUUUGUUAUGGCAUUAGUGGAACAAAUUGCAGAGUAACUGAGAGUACAUUAAGAAACACUGGAAUUGUAAUAUGAAAGGGAUGAUAGGGUGCAGUAUUGAUAAUCCUGAGCAGUUGUGUAGUUUUUACUACGAGUGUAUGUAUGAAGGAUAAACGUGUUCAAACCAUUAACUCAAUGAAAUUAUUCAAGCAGAUUCAGAAGAGGUCUAAAGGGUUAGUGUUACCCAUCAGGAGGUCAAGAAGACAGUUCAAAUAAUGAGCUUAAACAGAUACAGACAACCCAGCAGCUAAGGGUAAGACUCCCUGGCUUAUUAACGCAGUCUACAGGUCAGUUUGUCUGAAAAAGGUCAAAUCUGUGUUUGAGAACAAAUGACUGUAAAAGAAACACCUGAUUCACAAAAUUCAUGUCAGGUUUUUUUUUAUAUAUAUACAUAAGCUUGGCAAUAAAGUGUAUUAACCCAACACACAUUUUCUGCCCAAUAUUCAUGAAUUUACUUUUAAUUUGUUCAUGAGGAUACACUAAAAUGCCCCCUCUGACGGCAAAGGGAACAGGAAGAAGAAACUCUGAUGUACUUACUCUUUGUCUGAGUCACUGAGUUUUGUAGGUCCCCGGUGCAAAAUCAAUGAGUACAGGAGUUUUUACACAGACAUAGUUCACAUCCAGUUGAAAUGUAACAUUUGUCAAGGGGGAAAAAAGAGACAGAGAGAAAACUUGGUUGAGUCAGUCUGGAACGUGCUGCUCUGUUUCACGCUGUGACAGCAUUUUCAUUUGUUUUCUCUUGUAACUCUGCACAAUAACUGAGAUAAAAUCAAAUUAAGCUGGAUGACUGCAGCUUUCAUGAGUUUUGGUCCAGUUCAUGUUUAACCUUAUGUAACAUAGCCAUGAUUUUUACUGUUUAGAUUGGAUGUAUCUUUAUGCGGUUUCUAAGAGAACGUAUGGUCGACUGUCACUUCAACAAAUUAGAUUUCUUCCACUAUUUUGAAGUUUGUCCUAUUAACUAAUAAUCUGGUCGGCAUAUUCUGACUUUUAUUACCUAAAAUUAUAUAUUUUGUUGUACUUAUAUUUUGGGCAAGUUUCUUAAUGUUGAACCAUCAUUUUACUUCAUUCAUUUCCUCGAAAACUUUUCUGAUCAGUGUGUUUACGUUUAAGUUAUACCCAGAGCAGUAAACAGUUAUAUCAUCUGCAAAAAUAAUAAUUAUAAUGAUGAUAAUAAUAAGAAUUAAGAAUCUUUGAUGGUCAUUUAAAAAAGUAUGAAGAGUUUGGGUCUAAAUAUAGAUCCUUGUGCCACCUGAUAUUUUAAAGUUGUAGUAGAUUUGUAGUAGGCUAGCUGUUCAUUCUGUAUUUUGCUGCUGAGAUAACUUUUUAGCCAGUGGUAGGAUAUUCCUCUAUGCCAUUUCCAUUUUGGAAAGUCAGCUGUCAUAGAAAAGCACAGUGAUGUUGUUUCCUUUCCUUGUUGUUGUUGUCAUAUUUGCGGCUUGGCUACAGUGUGACAAUAAGAACUAAAAGGCAAAAAAACUAAGAUCUCACAUAUUUCCAACUUUAAUCUAAAUGCAAUUAAUAUUUUUAUGCCAACAGCCUUAGAUAUUAUAGCUACAAAAGAUAACCCAAAGAUCUAAUCAAGGCCACUGUAAGAAUAUACUCUACUUUUGAAGGCAACCAACAAUGGCAAUUUAAAAAGACUUUUAAAUUGGUCUGGUUUAGAGAGAUGGACCAGCUGUUCCUGGUUGAACUGCAUGCUUUUGUUAAAAAAGUGCAUGUCCUACCAUAUUCUUUUUUCCUAACAGUGUUUAUUUUUCCUGUCAAGCACUAUUAGAUUACUUGACUCAUCUUUAAAACAAUCAGUUACGGAAAAUUAAUAAGCUUCGCUCUUUGUAAGACAGGAACCAUGUAGCAGCAGUUUUAUCCUAUGUCCUCUUUAUCCUCGUUGCCAGUUUUAUCCUUCAAACCUCUGCACUUAAAACAGGUUCUUCAAAAAAUUCUGUCUAUAUCAGAACCUUUUUACUACAUCAGAGUAAAUAUAUGAAUCUCAAACUGCUGGUCUCCGCUUAUCCUAGAUAACCCAGACCUGCAAAGGGAAGAGAGUUCAGCAGAAGGAAAGAUCCAGCCCUCCUCGGCAGCAGCAGCCUCCUUCCUUGGGGAUCAGAGCAGAACAGAGAAACAGUCUUAACAAUGCUUUAGCAAGACCAACCGAUUUCCUGCAACCAAACAACAACCAGGACACUCAUCUCCCUCCAUUCCAGCAGAAGGGUCAGGCCAUCAACCCAGCAUCUGGGUGUCCUCAUUGGAUUUCUGCAUCUGAGGCUGAACUUAGACUCUCCCCUCCAUGUCUUCUAAAGAAUCAGACAGAGGUCACACAGUCGUCCCAGAAAGGUGCAGACCUGCAGCUUCAAACCCUAAACCUGGAUGGUACUCCCAAAACAUUUCAAAGGUACAUAAAUUUACUGCUCUUAAUGAUCAAAGAUGGGUGUUAUAUUUUGAUCAUCUGAUUAGGAAAACUUGACCUCUGCAGCACUCCUUGACAUUCACUAAGUAACAAAAUACAGAGACACCAGUGUCACUGUGUCAGCGGCAAAGUCAUAGCCGUGGCUCAGUGCUGCUGGUCUUUCCAUCAGUGUGGUUGGUGGUUCAAAUCCAGCUCCAGACACUGAAUCUGAAUCACUCCUGGUGACAAAGUCAGGAAUGUGGGAUCGUAUAAAUGAAUGAUUUCCAGCAUCUUCUGCUAUCAGCAGUAGAGUGGGUCGCCUCCCAUUCAGAAAGUUGGGGGUCCAAUCUGACUCUUGACAAUACUUAUGAUUGAAUAUUGAGAUCAACUAUGAGGAUGCACUGAAUUAAAGCCUUCACUCUUUGGAUACUGUUUAUGUGUCAACAGUCUUGGACUCAGCACUCAUCUGUAGCACUGAUCUGAUCCUUAGUUCCAAGGUAACACUUUCAAAAAAGUAUUUAUGCCGUGGAGUAAUAAGUGAAUGACUGUUUUUAUGGAGCUAUUUUGCAGUAUGUGUCUGCAAGAAGUAAUUCAACAUUUGAUCUGACAAGUAUGCAUAUUAUAGUGAAAUUCUAGGGCUGCCAAAUUUGAGAUUCACCUGAAUAAUAAAACUUCUUUGCAUUCCAGAAGACUCCGUGUUCGGGCCGUAACCAACAGCACCGAGGACAUGUGAAAAUGAGGUCAAAAUAUGUAUCUGUUAUUGCUGGAAAAUUAUUCUGUAUUUCAGAACAACAGCAUGGAAAUGGUUUCUAUCUUGUGAGAGGGUCAGCGAGAGGAAGAGUCCAAAUGAGGUUCACUUUCAUGAAACUCCACACCACCUCAGGACACCCAGCACCACAUCACUGCCAGGCUCAAGCCCCUACACAGUCCUGCCCCCUAUUAGAAAGCCACUGAUAGAAAGAGAGGCUGAGAUGGUCCCUGAUCAGAGUGUGAACACGACUGACAUCCUCCAGAGAAGCAGCUCUGACAGCUACCUGGUUCAGAUGGAGAGACAGAAGGUGAGUGGCACAAGGUUGGUCUGUCUGUGGACCUAAAAGAGGACUGCUGCAUGUUCAUACAAGUACAAUCAAGAGUUUUCAAGAGUUAAAAAAAUUCAAAUAUACAGAGCAUCCCAAGUAAAAAUGAUAAGGAGGAUCAACCUUUAGCUGGUUUACAUGGCUUACAUCACUGUUAACAAACAUGCUAUAGCAGUCCCUUCCAAACAUUCUCAGUCAAGAUUUAUCAACUGCAAACCACUUACAUGAUGUAUUGUACUUGUUGUGUUCCUGUGGCAAACCAAAUGUCCCUUUGGCUAUUUUGUAAUUGCUAGGCGUUAUAUAGAACAAUACAUGGGUCACCCUUUGUCAGAAAAAUUAAACUGCAUCUGACUUGCAACCAGCUGAGAAGAAUGACAGAGAUAGUGUACUUUUUUUUUUAUAUCUUUUACUUGCAAGGAGUCAGCAGUUUACAACAAAGGCAGCUUCCUCUGACUGAGGAAUUCAGAUUUUUACACAUCCUUUAUGCAGUCAAGAAACAGAAACCCCCGCCCACUAACAUCACCUCACAAGUGGCAUGACAUUACAACAGUAUCCAAAUAGGGCACAGGUUGCAGCUGUGGUCUGUACUGGGAGAACAAAGACAGCUUAGUUCAUCAUCAAGUUCCUCAGUUCAAUGUCACACUGUUGGGAAAACAACCUGUGAGUGAAAUUGUAGCAUUCAUCUAGCUGCAUGGCUUCAGCGGAAAAGUAUCAGUCUCAACUCCAAGGCCAUACUUCUCCCUGAGCUGAAGAGUCUUGAGGUUGUUAAAUCUACAGGACAUGACUGUAUGCUAUAGACAAUGUUGACCAAAGCUCAGAACCGACAUACUAGAUAAGGGUUUGGCUGACCCUCAUCUUAAUCCCAAUCCUAAUCCUCACCCUUACCCUCUAACUCUAACCCACUAAUUCUAACACAAGGGUUGGUGGCUUUUCAUUCUGUAAUGUGUAAUGUGUUUCAUUCUGUGACGAGUCAAUCACAGAGUGCAGCGGAUCGUUUCCUUAAUUUUUGUACUGCAGAUACGGUAGUUCUUCUGCCUUAGCGUCUCGGUCUGGUAUAUCACUUUGAUACUUAGUGUGUUAUUCUCAUGCAAAAUAACCAAAAGAUAUAUGAGUAGAAAAGACAUGCAAUAAGGAUGUGUGCCAGUGAGACAGUUAGGUGAUAAUUGUGUUUCACAGCUGUUGUUCAGUUAAAGUUUGUUUGAUAUUCACAAACGUAGCUCAACUCAUGAGAACUCAUUGUGCAGCUUCACACAAUUUAAGUGACUCACAAAGUCUUCAACUUAGUGGCUCCUUCUUUAAUACUCUUACACACCGCAGGAUUCACAAUAAAAUGUUCAUUUGAAAUCCCAUAUAAUCUCCUCAGAUGCCUUCAUGCUGAGACUGCUUAAUCCAGCUGGAGUGAUCAGGUGAUCAGGGGCUCAAAAUUCAGGUUUAAUUGUCAGGUUCCUCCAAGAUUUACCUCAUCGUACUAGGAUCAUCGUCUUAUAAAGCACAGAGCUGAAGGCCCUGAAAAGCCAUUUGAAGAUGUGUUAGAGGUGAUUAGAGGCAUGAGAGUCAGGGCCACUAGGCCUCUAAAGAUGCUCAUUUGCAUGUAAUGUUUUUUCUGUUGUCUGUGUUCUCUCAUUGCUGUGGGAUGUGGGCCCUGAGUACAGAGUAGCUUCAUUAUCCUUUUCAUUUAAUCCAGUUUCAUAGAAAAUCUGACAUAUUAGGGUUUUGGAUUUCAGAAACACAUGAGUAACCAGAACAUUUCUGUAUCUGUGUUCUAAGUACACAGAGACACCAGCACUGCCUAUUGUCACACUGAUAUUGAUCACUUUUACUUAUUUUCCCUUUUUUUGUUCCCUUGAUAUUAGUGCAAUAAUGAAAGACCUCAUGCUGUUUAUUGGUAUGUCAGUAAAAAUCUUCUUAUCUUUUCUUAUCUUAUCUUAUCUUAUCUUAUCUUAUCUUAUCUUAUCUUAUCUUAUCUACAAAGUAAAUACAUUUAUGAGCAACGGUUGAAGGAACUGUAUUCUUGCCAUUCCAGUAAACAAUCAAGUUGAGCUGAUCCAACGGAGACUGGAUUGUAUCGUGCUUAGAGUAAUAUUCAUACUGAGGCCUAAACUGGGGCCUCUUGGGGUGCCCUCAACCCCCUACCCCCUCACCAUCUUUCCCAUGUUAGCCAUCAUGUCUGACAAGAUUACAGGCUCACCGUAUAAAGCAGUGUAGCCACACUGCCUGGACAUGAGAGUAGAUAAGCGUGACUGAAGGGUUACCAGGGGUUCUUAAAAAGAAAGGUACGCUUUUGUGUUUGAUGGCUUAAGCAAAGUGAAAUCUCCCUUUUAGAAAGCAGCCAUCUGAAAUGAUGAACUCUCUUUGGUCUAGAACAGCUUGUGGAUUUCAUGGGCCCAUGAUCUUUGAGUUUCUCUCAUUUUCACUUUAAAAUCAAUUCAAACUAUUGAGCUUUACUGCCUGAUCCAUGCUAAUGUUGCCAAUGUUUUAACAUAUUUAAAGAUGUGAUCUUAUUAACAACACGUUAAGAUCCCCUGAGCAAUGCCCAUACAGGUCGUAGUGGUCCAACUCUUCGAUUAAAGGGUUGAAGUUCUUAGUCCAGCUGUGGUUUAACAGUCUGAUAUCUAAUAUCAGCCAAAUAUCAGUCUAAUAUCUGAUAUCUAUCGAUCAUCAGUCUAAUAUCUAAUACCUAUCUUAUUUUAGUCCAAUAUCUAACAUACAUCUGAUAUCAGUCUAAUAUCUAAUACCUAUCUUAUAUAAGUCUAUAAUUAAAUAUUAGUCUAAUAAUCCUAACAUAUCUAAUAUCAGUCUUAUAUCAGUCUCAUAUUUAAUAUCAGUCCAAUAUCUAUCCAUUAUCAGUCUUAAUCAGUAAUUCAGUAAUAGCAUUUGUCUUAUAUCUAGUAUUAUUCUAAUAUCUCUCUAAUAUCUUCUAUCUGUCUCAUAUCUGUCUUAAUCUGUAAUCUGUCUAUAAGAGUCUAAUGUUUUAUAUCAGUCUAAUAGUCUGUUAAUAUCAGUCUCAUAUCUGUUUAAUAUUACUUAAAUAUCACUGUAAUAUCUAAUAUAUAUCUAAUAUCAGUCUCAUAUCGAUGUGAUAGUGUUCUAAAAUUGCUCCUCCCUGCCUUUGCUCAGCUGUCUCCACUUAUGUUCCUUUUGUUCUGCCUUACCUGCUCAUCAUAUAGAAACCUUAAAAAUCAUUUGGUCUCAGUCAGUUCAGAGACUUAGCACUGUGGGUUAGCUUGGUGGGUUUGUAGCUUCUCUGAGGACCGAGGAGACAGAAUUUUAGAGACUUGUGACACAUUAUUAAUCUGGUGUGUUAAAGCAUGAGGGACAGUUGGGAUGUCUCCUUUAUACCAACUCAGUAUUUAUAUUUAGAUAAACCACUAGUCUUUAGUUGUCAACAAAGAAAGAUUAUGCGAGUACGGUUGAUUUAACAUAUUGUGUGAAGUUGAAACCAUUAAUAAGAAAUAAUCAGUGUCAACAGUGAGCAGUGUUUGAUGCUCUUUUCUGUCAAAUGGAUAAUUAGCUGCUGUGUUAGCAUGCUGGUGUACCUGAGCAAGCUGUUUAACCCUUUCACGUAUAACGAUCACUACAGUGGACAAAUCUUCAAAGGUCAUUUUCUAUUAUAAAAAUAGAGGUUUGAUGUUACAAAUGCAUGUUAGCCACUACAGUAGACCCUGGAAAAUGAGUCCAACACUGGUGCCAUCUGGCCAUGUGUUGCAACUGCAGAAAAAACACGUCAACAUUCAAGAUGGCUGCCUCUGCUGAGAACAGACCCUCCACCUCUGGGAUUUCCACUGCUUCCUUUUAUAAAAGCAGAGCCCUGCAGGUAAAAAAAAUAUUUUGGGAUAAAGUAACAUCUAAUAAUUACUAUAGUUGCAAAAAAUUCCAUGCAUUGCUUUUAUGUUCUGAGGAAAUUGGAAUUUUCCAUUUGUCCACUACGGUGGACAGCAUGCAUGACUUAUACUAUUUCUACUACAAUACAUGCAAAUGGUGUAACUCCUUAUCUCUGCAAAAUGCUUGAUUUCAAGCUUACCUUUUCAGUUAAAACCAACCAUUUUAUGUUAUUAAAAGGUAACCUGUAUUGUAUGUAUCAAAAAAUUAAUGUUGUGCAUGUAUUUUAUAUUUUGUGCAUGCAUAGUAUAUAUUGUAUUUUGUGCAGCCUUUGUGCAAGUUUUGCAAUGUUUGUAAAACAUUUUUUGCAAAAAUAUAUUUUGUGCACGCAUUGUAACACACACACACACACAUACACACACACACACACACACACACACACACACACACACACACAUACACACACACACACACACACACACACUACAAACAGUGCAUGCACAAAAUAUUAUAAAAACAAUGGAAAAAAUAUAUAUACAUAUAUAAGAUAAAUAGAAAGAAAGAUUGAUUGGUUGUGCAAUAUUUUUCACAUUAUGUUAUUUAUUAUAUGCAGGGUUCACACACAGAGAGGGACCAGAGGAAGUACAGAAAUGUAGAGGAACUGCCAUCGUCCAGCGAUGCAAUAUCACUGUGUGCCUUCUUUUCAAAUGUGAACUAAUGUAGUACAGGGCAUCGACAACUGAAUGUGUUUGGAUAGUCACUAAGUCACUAUUUCUUUUGUUUAUUAUUGUAAUUAUUAUUUUCAUGAAUGAUCCAAUCUAUGGCAUUUGUUUUUGCUUUGAGUGUGCUGGCUGAAGUUGUAGCACCUGGCCUGAAGCCUAAUUAGGCUCAUGGUUUCAGUUCGUUUGACACAGAUGACAGUUGUUGUUGCUGUUGUUUGACACAAGCCAUGUUUUGUAAUGUGCAUUUAAACAGAAUUUAAAUGUUUUAAAAUGUGAAUCUAAUUGUUUUGACUCCUUUUUGGGGUGGGGUUCUAUUAUUUGUAUUAAUACAAUUCAUUUUCUGUAAUGUCGACCAAAUGCAUGUUGUCCGCUGUAGUGGACAUGUCACUAAAAACUUAGCAGAAACAGGUAAAAAAAAAAUUCCAACUGCAAUAUUAUUUAUAUGCCUUAUAUUGAAUAAAAACACAUAGUAAGAAUUUUUUAACUCAAUAUAUCAUAAUUCAUGCAUGAAAGGGUUAAAUCCUUUUUGAGUGUUGGUGAUCAGAGGGAAGCUUGUCUUUGUUGUCCUGGUUCAGUUGGCUGUUCGUAGUGUAGCUCUGUCUCCACCUCCUGAUGGGUUCAGCUGAGUGCAGUCAGUCCCCUUGAAGCCAGGUCUAAUUGUGGUGUCCCUCUUGACGGUGAGUUCUGUUAAAAGUUAAAGAUUACCUCAGUUUUAGAUCAGUUGCAGUCUCUGUGUGAUCUUGAUCUAAGCUCUUCUUACUUUUCUUAGGUCACGCUCAGCCUUGUUAAAGUUGCCUAUGGUGCUGAUGUUUGGGCUGAGGACAGUGUAGUUUUUUGUGUGAAGUUAAUGUCAACUGUAUUGUUCCAUAUCAAAGUUUAUUAGUGAUAAAAUAAGUGUUUCAUACCAUACCUGAAAAAAAAAUAGGGCAGCACCUCCUCUUUAGAAGGAAUUAAACAACGGGAUUUACAUGAACUAAAUCAAUAUAACCAACAAAGUCAUUGAAUCCUGCAGGGUUUGUUCAACUCUUGGAAAACUACACAAACAAAAUUAUUUUCUUUUUUUUCUCUAAUAUUUAACACAAAUAGAUAAUAAAAGAACAGGUGAAUAAAUUAACUGAGAUAAUCACUGCAGUAACUGUGAUAAAGGGUUAAUACCUGAAGUAACGAAAUCAACAGCUGACGUUAAAUGACUGCAGCAAAAAAGUGAUAAUGAGAUUCUUUGAGAUUGUAAAAGAGCAGUUCUGUGCUGUACAGUGGGGAUUAAAAUGAAAUGAAUAAUUAUCAGAGGUAUUAGAGUGGUAUUAGACAUCCACCUAUGAUUACAACAGCAGAGAGAGACCUCCUUCCUUUGGAGACAGAAAGCUUCCUCUGUUGGGUCCAUGAGGCUUCUGCUUCAGGCCUUUAGCAUCAUUUCAGACUCUUCAAUAACAGCAUGUCAGGCCUAUAGUUCAGUUAUGGAGGAGGCCAUGAUAUCAAAAUGUAAUUUAGUAGACGCUGUUUUCCAAAGUGAUGUCCAUUCAAGAGCAUGCAACACAAGCAAAGAUCUGGACAAGAAGAAAAAAGUCAGUAAGAACCACAAAAAAAAAAAAAAAAAAAAACUCAAGUCCAUUUGGACGCAGGUACAGCCAAGUAGUAUUGAAAGCAAUGCACACAAUGUAUAAAUCAUUUCUUUGUUUACCUUUUUUUGAUAAACAUCAACACUCGAGCAAGCACUAAUCAAUUUAAGACUUAUUAUCAUCACCAUCAAUUAUUUUAUGUCAUGUCAUUUCAUUUUUAUUAUUUCAUUUUAAUUUGUAUUUAUUUUAUUUUAUUUUUUGUAUAUUUAUUUAUUUUAUUUAAUUCAUGAAUGUUUCAUGCUGACAGAAAAAAAGCCCCAAAGAGGGAAAAUUACAAAGAAAGAAUUUUUCGUUACAAACACGAAAGAAAAAAGUGACAGACAUGCGAACAAAAGUCUAACAGAGGGAGACAAAAGACAGAAGACUUUGUUUCCUGAUGUGAUGUGACGCAAACUGGUUAGAUUUUUUUAGACAAAGAGGGAAUUUUAUCUAACAUUUUUGCCACCUUACUAUGAUACUGUGGUUUAUAAAGUACCUUGGAGACUGAGCUGUACAUUACAGAGAAACACCUGUAUGACAUAUAAAUUGGUUAAAAUGUUGAUUAAAUGCAAAAAAAAAAAAAAAACAUUGCGCAUGAUAUAAUAUGACAGUAAAGUGAAUUACCAUGUAUAAACAAUCUGAGGAGCAAAAGGGAAUAAUCUUAUCAAACAAAAGCGCAUUAUCCUUCACUGAGUGUGAACCAAAGGCAAACAGUCAUAAGAAUGACUUUAUAGAGGACUCUACAGUUUAUCUACAGUAGAUAUGUUCUGUUGUUAUUCUGCCGGCCACAGAGGCUGAAAAAGAGGCUCACUCAGCUCCUUUCUGAGCGGGUAGGUCGCUCUGUUUGAUCAGGUCACUGUACCAGAAGUGGUUUGUGUCAUAAGAAGAAAAUUUGCAAUUUAUUGUCUAGAGGCAAACGACUGCCUUGGUGGGCUCAGGAAAACUCUAGAAAAAUGGUGGCAGCAGCAGCAUCUGUCACAAACACACCAUGCAGACUGGCUUACUGACAAAAAACAUCAAUAAACUAGACCCACCUCCAAUUUAAUCACAUCUGUGAUAAAGGGAUAAAGGGAGGGUUAUCAUCAUCUUGUAGAAUAGUAUCUUGACAUUUGUAAGGGACAAUUCCCAAAUGCAUAGUAAUGUAACAGACAGCAUUACUAUUUAGUGCUGAUUUAAACAUAACUACUGGACCACGAUGGUUCUCGCACGUGGGAGUCUAUUAAAGACCCUGCAACAUACAAGGAAUGGUUCAUAUGAAAGAGCUGUCACUCUUUCAUUUUGGGUUUGCACUCUGCCUUUAUUCUUGCAGGCUCUCUCUCCUUCCUUCUCUCUGGGCAGAAGAAUCAAAGCGUGUGUUGUAGACGUGAAGCCUAUUUCUUAAAAUUAAACUGUUAACACAAGGAAAAUCCCUAAAGGAUGUGUACCACCAGAAUAUCCAAGGCCAAUUAAAAAGUGGUCUCCAGCCAAAGUAAUUCAGUUGUUGAAGCAGUAAACAUUAUUCUCUGUCCCUCUGUUUCUCUGUCUGUCUGUUUCUCCGUCUGUUUCUCUAUCUGUCUGUUUCGCUGUCUACUUCUGUAUCUGUCUGUUUCUCCGUCUGUUUCUCUAUCUGUCUGUUUCGCUGUCUACUUCUGUAUCUGUCUGUUUCUCUGUCUGUUUCUCUAUCCAUGUGUUUCGCCUUCUAUUUCUCUGUCUGUCUGUUUCUCUGUCUGUCUCUGUGUCUGUUAGGUCUUCAGCCUCAAAGCCUACGAGCAGCUGAAGACAAAUGUAACCCUGAAAGGUCUGGAUCCAUCCAAGAAAGUCAUAGAAAACACAGUAAGUAUUGAUCUUACACCACAGUAUAUAAAGCACGGGUAAGUCUUAGAGACAGCAGUUGUUAGCCUCUGCUCUUGUUUCAGGAAAUUUCAACAAUCCCUAUCUUCUUUUUAAACAACUGAUUUAAUUCUUAAACCAAUCCACCCGUAGUGUCUGUGAAAAAUGUCUUAGUUUUUAUGUAGACAUGUUUCCAAAGUUAGGGCCCAUAUCUCAACCCCUCAGUAGCUGCCUCCUGCUCGGUUUUCUACAGUACUUUAUCCUCCACAAAAAUAGUACUGCAUUACAAAAAUAGUAAUGCAGCUCAAAUGCUGUCCUAUGGAUGUUGUUCCAGCUCACUCCUGCAGUGCAGCCUGUAACACUAUUGGGCCAAACUUUUAAAACCUCAUAAACUGUAGUUGUGGUUCAAGUGCUCUGCCUAAGUACCUUAAACAAGCAGGUGUGAAGUUCUUUAUUGAAAAAUCUAAUUUGGAUUUCUCUGAUUUAUCGAAUUUCAGCCCCCAAAUGACAGGCAAUACAGUUCUACAACUACAUUGUGUUUUUCAACCAGCACAGAAUUCUUGAGAAUUUUCAUUCUGGUUUUAAAGCCUUUCACAGUACAGAAUUUGCACUUAAAUACAUUAUAGACGACUGAGUCUUGUCAUUCUGCCAUCUUGAUGCUUUUAGAUUCACUCCAGCCUCUGGUACAGUCGACCACCAUGCUCUCAUCUCUGGCCCUGAGCUUGGUGUGGGUUUGAAAAUCAAACCUUAGAGUAGUUUGAGUCUGAUCUGAUACAGAGACGUUUUUCAGUAAGACUUGGAAAUACUGUCUCAUCAUCUGCCCCUAUGCUGCUGGAGUCACCCAAGGCUCUAUUCUUGGUCCAAUACUCUUUUCCCUCUAUCUCUUACCUUUAAGAUGGAGUUCUAACAAAAACAGUGUCUGUUCACCCCUUAUGCAGAUGAUACACAAACUUACCUGCCCUUAAUAAUGACAAAAGCUUGCUGGAACCUUGAACCGUUUCAAAACCCCAAAGCCUGGAUGUCCUUGAACUGAUAAAACAGAAGUCAUGGUGUUUGGACACAGUGCCGCCAGUGAUGCCUUUUCUUCAGUUCCCUUCAACCUCAAGUGAAACCCAGGGUUACCUUGGUCUUGCUUUAGCUUAGACUUGUUGUACUGAAAUGCACUUUAUGUUGGUGUUAAAUCAGCUUUCUCUGCAUAUCCAUGGUUAGUCUAAAAUUCUGCAGCCCAUCUUUUCACUUGAGGAGCAAAUUACGUCCAUCCUCACCCCCCCAUACACUUUUGUUAGUAGAUAAGUCUGUAAAUGGUGUAGCUCCUAAGAACAUCUUGGACCUUCGGUGAGUCUAUGUCCCCUCGAGGUCUUUGAAAUCCACUAAUCAGAAACAUUAAGACCAGCCUGAAAACCAGAUGUGACUCCGUACUGUGGAACGAGCUGCCCCCUCCCACGAGAACAUCCCACCUUGUUUUUCUCAGCUUUUAAUCCAGCUGGAGAAUAGUAUGGACUCUGUUUUUUAUUUUUUUGCUUUUAUACUAUUUUAAAAUUCUCUUACUCUUUUAAAUGUCUUUUGUGUGUUUUAACUUAUUUCAUUUCAUUGUAAAGCACUUUGUUGUUUUUACUGUGUUAAGCAACAUGACCUAUCCGGAGUAACUUACCCAGAAAAAUCUGUGGUAUAAGAAAUAGUUCAGACUACUUCUUCUUCGACUCGAUCCACACUGUUGAUUAAUUCAUCUGCUGUUGUGAAGAUUUCUGUGUUUGUGCAAACAGGAGAGCAGGAGUGAAGUCAUCUUUGUGUUUACUACAGUUGUUUAUCACCAGUUGCAAAAGUGAGCAUGUUGGGCCAGUUAAGUUCAGAUGGAGCCCUGUGGGUCUCCAGGGCUAUUACUGAAUGAUAUGUGUAAAUGUUGAUGGGCUCACAGUGUUUGGGUUUUUUAUGGGCUGUGUUGAGAGGCUCUGCCGAGGGAAUACACAAAGAGAAGGGCCUUAAGGGAUAAAUGGCCCAGUUAAUUAAACCCCUUUCAUAAUCUCUGUUUCUCUCUCUCUCUCUCUCCCUGUCCCUCUUUCACAAUCAUCAUGCUGAGAAAUUGAAGCGGCAGAAGCUUUAUUCAAAUGUGAUCCACGAGCAAAACAAAAAGAUAAGUAGGAUUCCCUUUCUACUGGCCAAGGACCCACAAGGCGAUAACAAGAAGGUUCCCAGGAUAAAGGUGAGGGUGUCUGCCUGUUUGUGAAACCUGACACAGCUUUCUUUCUGAUAGGCAUGUAUGCCUGAGGAAGAUCUGAAUCAAGGUUUGACUGAACCAAAUGAUGGCUGAUGUGUUAGUAACAAAGCUUCAACUUGAAACCAAUAAAUCCUGUGGAAUAAACUAAGAAUGGUAUCAUAAAAAAAUCAACACAUCUGCUGCUUUGCGAGUCGGUAGAUGACUUAAGUCUUUCUCCAUUUACUGCUGCUCAGAGCCAAGUGGUAUCAAAGUAUCUUUGUGGUCCACCAUCGUUCAUCUUCUCUCUCUCUCUUUAUGUCCAUCGCUCUAUCUCUCUUAUUAUGCUUCAAAUUAGGCAUUGGAGUAUGCCAGGACUGUAGCCAAACGUUCUCUACAGUCUCAACCCAAACAAAGACAGAGGAGUCCGUCUGGAGGCUCCACUGGGCGUUCUCCGUACAUGGAGGGCUUGGAUGUGCUCCAGCCAGCUGCACUGGAUGUCCUUAAAAAACGCCAUGAAGAAGAAAAGCAAGCGGUGGCUCUCUUCAAGAAAGUUCAUGCUGUGUGA